AUGGAUGAUGUGGCAUUCAAGUUUUCAAACGUCAACGAAACACUUUCAACAUUUGAAACAACGCCUGCACUUGAAACUAACGAUCAAAACGUGUAUCAGGUUAUUGAAAGUAUCGACCCCAAUCCAAAUGAACAAACUCCAAAACCUCCCUUAAAAAUUUACCAUGAACAUUCACGAACUUUUCCACCACAACCGAUGAUAAAUUACUUCGAGAAUACAUCAGCUUCGUCCAAACUUAAAAAAAUUGAUGAAAAAUUAAAUGAACGACUAAAUUAUGGAGAGCAAAUUAAAAAGUGUGUAUCAGCUGUUGAACCUGAGCCAAGGCAGUCAACACUUUCAAGAGCACCAGUUUUUGAUCCAACAUCCUCAAAUACCGAAACAUCAUCUCGUGAAGUAAAGCCGAUUAAAAAAAUAACCAAGCAACGAAGCAGGCCACAAUUCUCUGUUAUAUUUGACUCAAAAAUAUCCCAAUCUUUCACGCUCCCGACCAUCCGGAUGACACGAAUGUUGAACAAAACUGUUUGGCUGCUGGUGACGUGCAUGUUGGUAGUUGUGACUGCUGCUCCGACGACUACUGAAGAGCCUAAAGAUAAAAAUGAAAAAGAAAAAACUUUCGCUGAAAAGAAUUGCAUUGCCAUCAGUUGUUUGGGAGCGUUGGCUGCUGUCUUCCUCUUCGUCGCCAUCUUCAGUCGCACAUGCCCUGCUGUCCUCUGCCCGCACAGAGUUAAAGUGACAACAGUUGUGAAGCUGAAGAAAAGAAGCGGAGAUCUUUUAAAAUUGAACCCAACUACUAAAACUCAGCAGGAUCAGCAGCUUCAUUCACCACACCAUGCUGAGACUACCACAAAUAUUAGCGCUUCAUACCAGCUGUUAAUCGAUAUUUUGACAAUUGUAUACGCGUAUCUUUUAAACUACAUGUUUCAAAGUUUGUAUAACUGUCAAAAAAAUUGCGAAUGUGUAGCAUCUAGAGAAAAGACACUUCCGUCAAAGAAGAAGUCUCCACCUAUUUUGCAGUCUGUGGAGAUUUCAGAAAAACAGAGACUGCUAACGAAGGGAGCGAAAACCGACAAAAGUCCAGGAAAGCUAAAAAGAACCCAAGAUAUCUUGCGGAAGAAAGCACGCAUGUCGAUGUCAAGAGAAUUCACAAAGUCGCGAGAGAUAAGUAAAUUCGAUAAAGAUCUAACAGUCCCAAAGGAUAUGACCAAAUCUAAAGGUCUGUCCAGAUCAAAAAUGGUAAUCAAAUCACAUAAACCUCAACUUGUGAGUCGAUCCAAAGACGAGCAGAUAUCAAAAUCAAGCAUAGCGCUCCACCCCUCCACGGCAACCAGCACGCUGUCCGUCAGAGCCGCCCGCAGUAGUGCCUACUCCGAUGGGAAGAAAUCUGACGCAUCGGACCGCACGGAGGCAUCUCAGAAUUCAACUGCAUUACUGGGUCCACCCCAAGAUAGGAAGGGCACAAUGAACGUUAGCGAUAGUAAGAGAGUCAGCGAGAUGAGAUCAGAACAGGAUGACGGCAACAGAUCCAGCAGGGAUCUGAGUUCAGGUAACCGCAGAUAA